UGAACUCUUCUUUCUCAAAUUGUGAAUCGCCUUUGACAAGGAAGAAAGAAAAAAUAAGUAGUAACAUCAUGUACUCCGCAUUCUUUUUCGUCGUUGCCAUUCUUUUUGGGGUCAUCGUCGACGCCGCUGUUGCAGCUGAAAGCGCUCCACUCUUGUCCGUAAGUUCUUCUCUGAAGACGCCUGAUACGUCGUGGGGGGGGGGAGUACGUUGACUCUACUUGUUAGAACAAAUCUAAUUUAUUUUAUUUACCGCCGUUGAACGAACAACAGAUAUACAAAACUCCGGCUUUGAUGGAAAUUCAAUUUGCGUCAGAAAAUGAAUUUUCUGCAGAUGAUAUCUACCACAUUGAGGAAUCGGCAGCCUUGUAUUUGCAGGAGUUGCUGACUAACGAUGAAUCGCUCCGAUUUSUUGAAGAGCAGGAUAGUAUGAUCGAUGUAUCUGUCAAUGUAAAGACGCAACAAUUGAAUGGAAAUGAAAUCUCACUAAAUUCCGAAGUGGAUGUCAUUCAUUACGGUGAAGUGGGAAUUGCCGAUCUGGCAGCCCUUCUUACAUUCCUCGUGAAUAGAAAUAACACCGACUCUUCUUUGAUUUACCUUGAUCAGGUUGUCAAUGCAGAUGCAUCUGUCGAACUAAUUUCUUUUGACCAGGUCAGUGAAUCAAUCCCUAUGGCAACCGACCUCACAAGGAUGUCGUCAUACAGCGAGUUGGCAAAUGCAAAGGAAUCGAAGAAAAGAACACUCUCGUUCGUGACAACACUUCUUUCUAUUACUCUUUUCGGUAUGUCAGCUAUUCUGAUUUGGGUAGGAGGAGGAUGGUUGGUUCUUCGAAAGAAGGUAAAGGCCCUUCUUGACCGAGAGGAAGAGUUCACGCGAAUGACAAUGAAUAUUGAAUCCAAACCGACAGCUGAAACUGACAGUGGUGACGACGAAAGCCCUUCGAAAGAAGACAUGAACAAGAAGAAGCAAGGGCCUCUUGCCGUAUAUGGUAUUGCUGUAAAGACGACGCCACCUAAGAUGGGAAGUGAAUCUAAUCCCGACGAUAUGGCGACACCCAUGAGUGUCAUGAGCGAUUAUUCUGAUACUAAUCGUGCCCCGAUCGGAAUCAUGUCCAUGCGAAAGCUUGUCCCAAACAUUCAGCGUGAUGACAAUGAGAGUGAAAGCGAGGGCGAUGAAGAAGAACAAAAUGUAGAAAGAGGCUUCGGUAGCAUGAAAAAGUUACAAUAUUAGAAUACUGAUGAACCAAUCAGUCUAUAAGAGAUGACGAUGUGGUCAUUUCCUUCAUAAGAUAUAUACCAUUACAGCUCGAGUUGACUAAUGAUUCGAAUUUUAGACGAAAGAAAAUGAGAAUGGAAUGCAACCUGCAGGCCGUACAAAAGUGUAGAUAAUGAAUUUAUAUCAUUUGC